AAUGAUAUCAAAAUUUUAAAGAAUACAUUACAACAAUGUAUUCCGUUUAUUAGAUUUUAUAAUUUAUCAUCUAAGGAAUUUACUGAUAAUGUAUUACCUUACAGAAAACUUUUACCAAAGGAAUUAUAUGAAGAUUUAUUGAAAACUUUUUUGAAUCUUUUGGAUACUAAUAGUAAACCAAAUGAUAAAUCAAGACCUCGUCUUAAUAAUGACGAGUUAUCUCACUUACCUGAGACGAUUGAUAAUGAAAAUACCAAAAAACAACCUCAAUUAUAUUCGGAAUCAACUUCCAGUUCUCGAUAUUUGGAACAGCCUGACGAACAGCCCGACAAAGAAACAGCCUGGGGCAGCUGGGGACCUAAAAAUUCUCAGCAAUCUGACGAAGAAUCAGCCUGGGACAGCUGGAAACCUAAAAAUUCUCAGCAACCUGACGAAGAAACAGCCUGGGGCAGCUGGGGACCUAAAAAUUCUCAGCAACCUGACGGCGGCAGCAACAGGAAAAUUAACGAAGCAUCAACCUGUGGCAGCCGUGAACCUAAAAAUUUUCAGCGGCCUGACGGCGGCAGCAACAGGCACAGACCUAGAAAUUCUCAGCGGCCUGAUGGCGGUAGCAACAGGCACAGACCUAGAAAUUCUCAGCAGUUUGACGGCGGUAGCAACAGGCGUGGCGGCUACGGACGGAACGGACCUAGAUAUUCUCAACAGCCUGACGACGAAUGGUGGUGAUUAUUCAAAUGACAUCCCAAGAGUCUAGAUAUUUGGAAACAGCUAUCAGACCUCAGCCUUACGAAGAAUCUAGAUUUAUUCGACCAGACCUCAGAAAACACGCUCGAUAUUUGGGAAUUGGAGAAAGUAAUAUGGUAUCAAAAUUGUGAAUUUUAAAUUAUUGUGGAUCUCGCAUAAAUUGAGUUGAGAAAGUUAGUCCAUUUACUCCAUUAGUUAAGAAUUUAUUUUUUGUAGAUAAAGAACAUUUUCAAUUUAGUGAAUUGUAAAUGAAAUCUCAAUAAAUGA